AUGAUCAAGUUACUGCGCUCUCCCAUUCAAGUCAACAGUAAGUUUUAUGGUUUUGUUUUUGAAUUUUAGGUAUAAGUCUUUAGAUGAAGUUUUGAUCGUUACGGAAUGAAAAGCAAGGUUUUAUGCAAAUUUGUUAUGUGUUACAGAUUUAAACGUUAAUAUUGUUGUUUUAGAGACUUUGGAUAACUACUUGAGACUUUCUCGCCUUCAAACCAUUAGAUUCUAUGCUGUUCCUGGUGGAAAAGCUGCGUUUUCCAGAGAAAAACCUCAUUUGAACGUUGGUACGAUCGGUCACGUUGAUCACGGCAAAACUACUCUUACUUCUGCUUUGACCAAAGGUAAUUAUCCUGUUUCAACUUUAUGUAUUGUUUCUUGGCUAAGAUCUAGUGUCUUUACUGUUAAAUAUUAUAAACCACAAAGUAUUAGAUGUUUUAAAAUCUACUAUAAUAAUUUUUAGUCUUGGCUACAAAGAAGGGAGCCAAAUACACCAAAUACGAGGAUAUUGACAAUGCUCCACAAGAGAAACAACGUGGUAUCACCAUCAACGCCGCUCAUUUGGAGUACCAAACUGAGAAACGGCAUUAUGCUCACAUUGACUGUCCUGGUCACGCUGAUUACAUCAAGAACAUGAUCACUGGAGCUGCUCAAAUGGAAGGAGCUGUUCUUGUUGUCGCCGUUACUGAUGGACCUAUGCCACAGGUAAUCUUUUGUUAUAUUAUUGCUGUUUAGGUGAUUAAAAAGUAAUGGAGGCAAUAUUGGACUAAAAAGAGCUGGCUUUGGUGUUAAACAAAACUUCUCCGGCAGAAUUUGUUGAUUUAUGGGAAAAGUUUUAGACCAUGGUGCAUAUUACAGGGUCAUUAGAGAAAUUUGAAUAAACUAGUACUAAUUUUGAAUAUUUUCCGUUAAUUUUAAAAAUUCGGCGGACAUUCAACUUUUCGGCGGAGACUAUUACUCAGCCCAAAAUCCAUAUUUUUUCUUUAAACAAAAAGAUUUAGCUUUACAUUGUUUGUUUCUACGCGUAGUUUAAAUUUCUUAUCGUUUGGUUUAAGUAUGACAAUUCGGCGAAGGCACAUGAUUUCGGCGGAGAUCAUAACUCAGCUUAAAACUCAUAUUUUCUUCUCAAAUAAAAAAAAUUGAGUUCUUAGCUUUUUAGUCAACUUAACUUUUAAAUUUCGUCAUUUUUACGCUAAUAAUGACAAUUUGACGGAGAGCAGUGUUACCGGUGGAGGCCAUAUCUUGGCCCAAACUUAAUAUUUUUUCAUUUACUAAAAAUGUUGAGCUUCUGAAAACAGCUUAUAAACAUUAAUUUUUUAUUUGGUGAGAAAAUAUUAAGUUUGGGCCGAGAUAUGGCCUCCACCGAUAACACUGCUCUCCGCCAAAUUGUCAUUAUUAACGUAAAAAUGACGAAAUUUAAAAGUUAAGUUGAUUAAAAAGCUAAGAAAUCAAUUUUUUUUAUUUGAGAAGAAAAUAUGAGUUUUAAGCUGAGUUAUGAUCUCCGCCGAAAUCAUGUGCCUUCGCCGAAUUGUCAAACUUAAACCAAACGAUGAGAAAUUUAAACUACGCGUAGAAACAAACAAUGUAAAGCUAAAUCUUUUUGUUUAAAGAAAAAAUAUGAAUUUUGGGCUGAGUAAUAGUCUUCGCCGAAAAGUUGAAUCUCCGCCGAAUUUUUAAAAAUAAUAAAAAUUUUUUAAAAUUUGUACUAUUUUAUGCGUUUUAAUGUCACAAUUCUGCUAGUUUUUGUCCGAAGAAAAAAUAUUGAGUUUGAGCCGAGUUAUAUCCUUCGCCGAUAAAAAUGCAGUCUCCGCCGACGCGGAGAAAAAAUAAAUUUUUUAUAAAAAUUUAUGCUAUUAUCUUGCAUCGAAACAGAAAAUCGAGGAAAUUUGAAGAUUUUGAAGAAUUAAUCUGCCACAUUUUGCGUCUCCGCCGAUCCUCCGCCGACCGUCCGCCGAACUCGACCAAAAUAGUAAAAUUCCAAAAUGGCUCACUAUUGGGUACCAUAUAAAAAAAGAAUCAGCUUUUUAGUACUCCUAGUUUUUGAGUAUGAAGCUUUUACUUUCCUUCAAAUUUCUCUAAUGACCCUGUAUAAUAAAACGAAGUUCUAAAAGAUUUUUCAAACAAAAUGGGGCUAUAAUUAACUUUUUCAGACUCGUGAGCAUCUUCUCUUGGCCAAGCAAGUUGGUGUUCCACUAGAGAACAUUGCUGUUUACCUGAACAAGGCUGAUGAAGUUCCAGAUGCCGAAACUCGUGAACUUGUAGAAAUGGAAGUCCGAGAACUUUUAGCCGAGUAUGGUUAUCCAGAAUCAGCUCCAGUAAUCAUCGGAUCCGCUUUGUGCGCAUUGGAGGGCAAACAACCAGAAUUAGGAGAAAACUCGAUCAAACAACUUUUGGAAGCUCUGGACAACUUUAAGAUUCCCGAGAGAGAUACCAACACCGCUCCUAUGUUUGCCUGCGAGCACGUUUAUAACAUUCAAGGUAUGGACUUGCUAGUUUUAUUGGAGUUCUAACUUCUUUGAAAUACCCUAGAUUGUUAUUGACGUUUUUAGGCCGUGGUACCGUGGUAACAGGCAAACUGGACCGUGGUGUGUUCAAGAAGAACGACAAGGUCGAAGUUGUUGGCUAUGGCAAAUCUUUCCCUUCAGUGAUCUCAGGCCUUGAGUCAUUCCGUAAAACUGUCGACGUGGCUCAGCCUGGUGACCAGCUUGGCGUGUUGUUGAAGAACGUUCCAGCCAAGUCCUUGAGAAGAGGAUGUGUCAUCGUUCCGGCCGGUACCGAAGUGGACAAGAAGUUUACCGACAAGGCAAAGGCUCAGCUGUACUGUUUGAAGAAGGAGGAAGGUGGAUCCAAGGUUCCAAUGGCCAAUCACUUGCUGCAACACUUGUUCUCCUUGACAUGGGACGGUAAUGCUACUUUGAAGAUUGAGGGAAAGGACUUCAUCAUGCCUGGAGAGAAUGCUGAGUACGUUUUGAGGGUUUUGUUGCAUGUUUUUUGCACUAAUUUUGUUUUUUUUUGCUUUCAAAUUUGAUUUUUAAGAGCUUAAUUAUCUAAAAGUGACAUUUUAUACCCCUUUAACCGGUUAAAAUGAUAGUAUUUCAGCUUCUUAUUAAACGAAAUUUUAUUAUGUUAACACUAUUUCAUUAAAUAAACCUUAAUUUUUUCAGGGUUGUAAUCUCAAUGUCCCAGAAAAUGUACAUUGAACCCCAACAAAGAUUCACCAUCCGUAAGGGCGAUGUUACCGUAGGCACCGGCGUCUUCCUAGAAGCCCUAGCGCCGAAGACUGAAGAAGAGAAGGACCCCAAAUACAUGAAGAAGUUGAUGAAGGAAGAGAUGGAGCGGCUCGGCUUCAACCCAUACACUCCCGAGAUGGAGAGGCGACUGAAGCCGGACUACUCCAAAGCCUCGGGCGAAAACCCCAUGGCUAAGGAGUUUGCCGAAAACGCCUAA